UUGAGUUUGUUCGAAGGGUGUAAUAAUGUGAGUGAAGAAGGAUCAAAACCCAGUUCCAAAGUGUCACGAUAAACUUGACGUUUCUCAAGAGCUUGGCUUCACCUCUAAUGGCUGCUCUUCUGACUUUAUCUCCAACUGGGCACAUAUUCCCUGAACAGAGAAGUUGUAAAAGUGAGUCUAGAUGGAAAGCUAAAAGUUCCCACGGUGGAGCUGUCAAGAAGAGCGAGCCGGAUAGCUUUUAUAUUGACAAACGCGGCAAAUUCAGAAGCUUUAACAACAAGAAACUGUCUAGGAAACGAUGUGGUUCUUUAAGGGGACGAGGGUGGAAAUAUGGAUCUGGUUUUGUUGAUGGUAUUUUCCCUGUAAUGAGCCCCACUGCACAGAAGAUUCUAGACCUUGUACAAGAGGAAGAAGUCGAUCAAAAUAGAAUUUGGCAAGUUCUUGCAACUCUUCCGGCCUCACACUCAAUAUGGGACGACAUCAUCAAUGUAGCUGUUCAACUUCGUCUCAAUAAACAGUGGGAUCAAAUAAUGUUGGUAUUUGAGUGGAUACUGUACAAGAGCUCCUACAAGCCAGAUGUCAUCUGCUACAAUUUACUUAUAGAAGCGUAUGGGCAGAAAUCACUGUAUAAGGAGGCGGAAUCUACAUAUUUGGAACUUCUUGAUGCCCGUUGCAUCCCGACAGAAGAUACUUAUGCCCUUCUUAUAAAGGCCUACUGCAAGUCUGGAUCGCUAGGGAAAGCCGAAGCUAUCGUCAGUGAAAUGCGGAAAAAUGGUGUUUCUCCAAGUACUGUUGUGUAUGAUGCUUAUAUUGAGGGGUUAAUCAAAAGAGGAAACCCCCAAAAAGCGGUGGAGAUCUUCCAGAGGAUGAAGAGAGAUUGCUGCCAACCAUCUACCGACACUUACACAAUGCUGAUCAACUUGUAUGGAAAGGAAAGUAAAUCAUGUAUGUCGUUGAAGUUGUUCAAUGAGAUGAGAAGUCAAAAGUGUGAACCGAACAUCUGCACAUACACUGCGUUGGUGAAUGCAUUUGCCAGGGAAGGACUUUGUGAAAAAGCAGAAGAAAUAUUUGAGCAGCUGCAAGAAGCAGGGCAUGAGCCUGAUGUUUAUGCUUAUAAUGCUCUAAUUGAAGCUUACAGUCGUGCGGGUUUUCCAUACGGGGCUGCAGAAAUUUUUUCACUCAUGCAGCACAUGGGGUGCGAACCGGAUAGGGCAUCAUAUAACAUCAUGGUAGAUGCAUAUGGAAGAGCUGGCCUUCAUGAGGAUGCACAAGCUGUGUUCGAAGAGAUGAGGCAAAUAGGGAUCACCCCAACAAUGAAAUCCCAUAUGCUACUUUUGUCUGCCUACUCAAGGACCGGGAACGUAGCAAAAUGUGAAGACAUUGUGAAUCAGAUGCACAAGUCCGGGCUAGAGCCAGACACUUUUGUCAUCAACAGUAUGUUGAACCUAUAUGGCCGAUUAGGCCAAUUCGAAAAAAUGGAGGCAGUUCUUGCUGCAAUGGAGAAAGGAUCAUAUGCAGCUGAUAUUAGUACAUAUAACAUCUUGAUUAACGUUUACGGUCGGGCUGGAUUUUUCAAGAAAAUGGAAGAGCUCUUUCGGGUGCUUCCGACGAAAAGUUUAAGACCGGAUGUUGUAACAUGGACUUCUCGUCUUGGAGCCUACUCUAGAAAGAAAUUAUACACAAGAUGCUUAGAAAUUUUUGAAGAGAUGAUUGAUGCUGGUUGCUACCCAGAUGGAGGAACUGCCAAAGUACUACUUUCAGCAUGUUCAAGUGAAGAACAAAUUGAGCAGGUAACUACUGUAAUUAGAACCAUGCACAGGGAUAUGAGCACUCUUCUCCCUAUCUGAAGUGUAUUCAUAGCUUGGUAGCUAAUCUUUGUACAGAAAAGUAGGUCUACUUUGCCAAAUUAUUCAUAUCUCAUGGUCCUUUUGUAUAGUUUUGCACCAAUAAUACUACUACUACUAUUUGUCAUCAUCUAUAUAAGACU